AAUUCGAAGUUCUCCAGGCACGAGCUGUUGUGGAUAUUGAUUCCUAAGCUCCCUUGCGGCCUCUCCGGUAAGACAGGGAAGGGAAGAAGCGCGCAGCUCGAUCGGUGUAGAGGAACUCACAGAAUAGUUGACCUUUCAUUGCCUAGCUUGCUUCUGCUUCACUUCCAUUUUGAGUUUCUUCUGGCAAUCUUUUGUUUUCGUGUUUCGCUUCUUAUUCUCGCUUGGCCGAAGACACUAUAUUUCUGUUUGGGACUAUAGUUCCUCAUUUCUAUGUAGGUUCCAUUUUUUUCACCUGAACUCUGAAUGUACUAAGCGUGUCGACUCGCAUUUCUUCAUGGGUUCUAUCAGUUUUAAUCCUUUCGAUAAUUGGUUCAGAAAGCCACCAAACCCCAUUCCUCCCUUAAAUCUUUUGAAUUUCUCGGACUCGUUUUCUCUACGGACACCUCAUUCAAGUUCUCCAAAUUUUGCUGCCAUUAGCGUCCCUAAUUUCUUCAAAGGAAAGCCUAAAAAACCUAAGGAUGAGCCCGGUUAUUACAGGAAAAUGGCUGACCAGUUCUUCUGGGAGUGUGAGAAUUUACCCGAUUAUAGACAUGCUCCUGAAGUUGAGAAGAUCUUGAACGAUGACCCCGUAUUCGAAAAGAAAGAAAACCCUACUGAAGAGGAAAUACGAGAGAAUGAAAGGGUCUUGGAAGAGAUAAGAAACAGCCCUGUCAUGCAGUUCUUGGCCAGAGCAGAGGAAAUUGCAGAUAAGAUGAAUGAAUUGGAGCUGAAAGAGAAUGAAAACCCUUACCACAAAGAGGACCGGGAGCUCUGGAAGGCGCUUCCACAUGUGCCUGGAUUGGAUGGGCGACCCAUGCCAAGGAAGGCUCUGAAGACGAAGCAAGAGGCAGAUGAUAAGUUUUGGGAUUUUGCAAGGCAGUUCUUCUUCGGCCUCUGGGGGUUUAAGCAGAGGCCGUAUCCGCCGGGUCGGCCAAUCGAUGUUGCUCAAGCAAUUGGGUAUAAGAGGCUUGAGAAGCGAUACUAUGAUUUUAUCAUGAGGAGUGGAGGUUGGUACUAUAAGGAUCGGUUGGGGCGUACACGGGGACCAUGUGAGCUGAUUACUCUUAAAACAUCAUGGGGUGCUGGGAUAAUUGAUAAGAAUACUUUCAUUUGGGGUGAGGAUAUGGAUGAAUGGGCGCCUAUCCACAUGGUUUAUGGCUUGGAACGUGCAAUUGCUACAUGGGAAGUUAGACUAGGCGCUUCAGCAACAGCUUUUCUUCACAAACUGCAGAAAGGUAUACCACCAUGGGUUCCUCUUAAAGGAUUUGAAAAGAAGACUUACAAGCAGCUCCAAGAAGAGGCUAUAGAAAGCAAGAGACGUGAUUUAGCAGUACUGGAAGCUAAUGAUGGUGUUUGGCCUGGAGUUAGAAUUCCCAGUCAUGCUCUAUUUCUUUGGGCUAGUGGUUCAGAACUGACCACUAUUUUGGAGCAGGAUCACAUGCCCAACAAAUACAUCCCCAAAGAUCUUAGGCAACAGUUGGCUAAAAUUAUUCCUGGGUUAAGGCCAUGGGAAGUUCUAAGUAUUGAACAAGCAAUGGAUCAAAUAACAUAUAAUGGCGAGUGGUACCGUGAACCUCUUGGUUCCUACAGUACUGGCCCUCCAUACAUCAGGCACUGGAAUAAGGAUGUUAUGAGGUUGUACAAGUUAUUUGACACUCUUAAUACUCGGGUGUUUAAGAAAAUGGAGAGGACGAUUCCUGGCUUUGAUAAAAUAAUGAAUAAGGUGAUGAAUGAAUAUUAUGAUAGGCUUGCCAAAUUGGAGGAGAAGAAAAAAGAAAAGAGAAGCGGCAAACUAUAACAUUUCCAUCGUCUAAGUUCUGCAAAUCAAACGCAAGACACUAUUGUGUUUAUGGUCACAGGUUCUGUGCACUUUCAAGCUCCAACAAAGUUGCAUGGUCUCUUGUUGGACUUGUACUGACACAAGUAGUUAGUCAGUGAUGAGUAAUUUUUGUGCACUUUCAUUCAAGGGACUCGAAAAAAUUGCUUCUAAAUUCUCUUGGAGCCUUCAAUGUAAUACAUCUAUGAAUUUCUUCUAGUUUUUAUCAUUAAUGUGUUUCUAUAUCUAUUUAA